AUGCAUGAUCAGCGCGGCCCGGCCCGGCCCCUGGGCGGGGGCAGCGGCUCCUCGGCGGCGGGGGAGGGGGCCGCGGACCACCCCCUGUACACGCAGGAGCACCGCGCCCUGAGGGCCUCGCUCAGAAAGAUUAUUGACAAAGAGAUUAACCCAUUUGUGGACAAAUGGGAAGAAGAGGAACAGUUUCCAGCACACAAAGUAUUUAAAAUCCUUGGAAAAGCUGGAUUCCUUGGAGUGACCAAGCCAACAGAAUAUGGUGGCCUGGGCUUGGACUUUUCCUAUAGUACUGCAAUGGCAGAAGAACUGGGAAAUAUUCAUUGUGGAGGGAUUCCUAUGGCUAUUGGAGUGCACACUGACAUGGCUACACCUGCUCUAACAAGAUUUGGUUCUGAAGAGCUGAAACAAGAGUUCCUUGUACCAAGUAUAGCUGGCGAUGUUGUGGCUUGUUUGGGAGUCAGUGAAACUGGCGCAGGGUCAGAUGUUGCAAGUAUCCAGACACGAGCAGUAAGAAAAGGCGAUGAUUAUGUCAUAAAUGGAGGCAAGAUGUGGACUACUACUGGGUGUCAAGCUGACUGGAUGUGUCUACUGGCAAAUACUAGUGAAGGACCACCCCACCAAAAUAAAUCUCUCAUAUGUCUGCCAAUGAAACUAUCUGGUGUUCACAUUGCUAAAAAGAUAGACAAGCUGGGCAUGAAAUCAUCAGAUACGGCUCAGAUAUUUUUUGAAGAUGUCAGAGUUCCCUGCAAAUACCUAAUUGGGGAGGAAGGAAUGGGUUUUACAUACCAGAUGUUGCAAUUCCAGGAAGAGCGUCUUUGGGCAGUAGCCAAUGUUGUGCAACAAAUGGAUAAUAUUAUACAAGACACUAUCAUCUACACUCGGCAACGAAAAAUAUUCAACCAGCCACUGCUGAACAACCAAAUAGUGCACUUUCGCCUGGCAGAGUUAGCAACUGAAGUGGAACUUCUUCGUUCUCUGCUCUACCGGGCUGUUGCUCUGUAUAUAAGAGGCAAUGAUGUGACCAAAUUUGCUUCCAUGGGUAAGCUAAAGGCAGGCCGCCUAGCCCGUAAGCUGUCUGAUAAUUGUCUCCAAUUCUGGGGAGGAAUGGGAUUCACCAAUGAAGUGUCAGUGAGCAGAUUUUACAGAGAUUCAAGAUUAACAUCAAUAGGAGGUGGUGCUGAUGAAGUCAUGCUUUCCAUUAUAUGUAAAUAUAUGGAUAUUCUUCCAAAGAAGUAAUGCUCAGCAAAGUCGCAACUCUUUAUUGGCUAUGGGAAAUUAUGGAUUUACGACAAAUCGAGAGUAUGAGCAAUACACAAAUUGCAAAAGGUGAUUCAAGUGAAAAAACUGUCUUGCAUUCAUGCCAAAGAAACAAAAGUCUGUGCCUUUGCCCACCAUUGCUUGGUCUAUAUACAAUUUAAUACUGAACUUUAGGUUGAUAGAAAAUUACCUGAAAACUUAGAAUCUCUCGAUUUUUUUUUUUUUCAUUUUGUUGAACAGAUACUUUUGAUUCAUCUAAUCCGUAUUAAGUAACCAGAGACCAUAUUCUAAAAUGUUAUACCCAUGUUGUUUUUACAAAAACAACAACCUACUUAGAUGUGGCAAAGAAUUCAACCAGAAGCUUGCUUCAGUUUGAGUGUAAAAGUAAAUACUUCUAUUCUAAAAAAAUUAGGGUAUGCACUCUCCCCAUGCCUUAUUUCUUAAACUUGCCAAUACCUUUUUUAAUACACUGCUUCUGGCUUAGAGCUUCUGUUCUUAUUUGCCUAUAUUGUACAACGACUUUCACUUUAAAACAUCCAGUGUCCAGUUGGUACUUAAGGCCACUAUUCCAGUGGAAUAAGGUGUGUGUUGCCUUUAAAAGACUUUUUUUCUACAAUCUGCAGUCAUACUUCUUAAUAUGUUUGUUUUGUUAAAGUAGUGGUUCUCAACCUUUCUGGACUCAAGGCACCCCUUGAUAGGCUGACGGCACUUCUCAGAAAAUACAAGCUCUUCACUUUCACUAACUGUUUGACUACAGAAAAAUAAAGUAAUUCAUCUGUUGCAAAGACCUCAGACAGACCACAACUUCUUAACACUAUGGAUUCUUAUUCAAAAUGAAUUGCAUAAAUCAUGUUUGCAUACAAGGAUGCCCUGGUAUCCUGGUAGAGAAUCAAUGAGGUAGCACCUUAAAACAAUUUUUGUCAUACUGGUCUUUUUACAGGAAAUCAGUAAUUUGCUUAUUUUGAAUGUUGAUUCAUGAGAACACUGUGAUCACACGUAUGCUGGUUUAAAGUUGAAAAAAAUGUGACAUGCUGCAUUGCAAUUGCCUUAGAUGACAAACAUGUAAACAAUUGCAUGUCUUUGCUUCACUAAAUUUGUGUCAUCUGUUCUAAAUAUUGCAAUAAAGUGUACAGUUCCUCACAAUAAAUGUAACAUUCUAGUUUUACGUUA